GUCCAAAUAUUCUAAGUCGGCAACUCUUAGGAUGGGAGUGGCUCUUGCUAUAUAAAUGAAUGGAACUGGCAAAAGAUCAUCACAUUUUUCCCCCAACAUCCAACAAUGAAGUUCGUCAUCAUCUCAGCCGCUUUGGCAGUUGUGGCCUUUGCCGCGCCCCAGUACGGAAGAGGCGGCGGAGACUCGAGCGAGGAGAUCCCCAUCCUGAGGGACGAUCGCGACCGCGAUGACUUCGGGAGGUACAGCGUCAACGUCGAAACCGCUAACGGCAUCGAACUGGCCGAUGCUGGAACCCCCGACGGACCCAAGGGCACCGUUGUGUCCUCUGGAUUCUUCUCCUAUACAUCACCCGAGGGCGUUCCAGUCGAAGUGAAAUACGUCGCCAACGAGAACGGAUUCCAGCCCCAGUCUGACCUGCUUCCAGUGGCUCCCGAAUUCCCCCACCCAAUCCCCCAGUUCGUCCUGGACCAGAUCGCCUUCGCUGCUGAGCAGGACAGGCGUGGCAGUUCUUCAAGAUCUUCAGGAGGAUACAACUAAAACACUUCUCUUCGAUGUUAGGAUGUUAACCGAACGAAUCUAUUUAUUACCUUAUCAAAUAAAUGUUUAAUUGAGCGAA